AUGAAGAGCAGACUCGACGAACGCUACGCACUCGUGCUGGAAGGCAUCCGAGAAACGCGAGCAGUCGAACGCACGCUACAUCAUCUUCGAGACCGCGACACCACUGCCGGGCCUGUGCAGACGGAGGGGCUUCUGGAAUACCCAAGCAUGAGGCCCUCGACCGCGGCCGCUGAGGUCGCCGCCCGGAAUCUCGUGGAGCGCUGGAGGGCAGAGCGUUUGCCAGGCUCGAUGUCCAGACGAAGCGGUGCCUCUUCUGCCAGGUAUGCAAGUUCGGCUGUCCCGGCCUGGUCCGCCCACCGGCGUGAAGCACUGACAGCGCGUGACCUGCUCCGGAGGCAAGAGGUGUGGCCGAGAGGACUUUCCGGCACAACCUAUGCCGACUACGCCUGA